AUGGAGGGGGAGCUCGGGUACCUGUCGCCUGCGGCGUCGUCCUGCGUCUCCUCCGAGGGCUUCGGCUCGUCGCCGCGGGAGAAGCUGCUCGACUCCACUCCCUCGUCGCACGUAUCCGACGGCCGCAGCAAGGGAGGCCUGCUCCGUUCGCCCACAUGGGGGCCAUCACCGACGGGGACGCAGCUCCACUCGCCCUCAUCGUGCGUCUCCGAGGGCCGCUACGUCUCUCCGCUCCGCAUGUCGGCGGAGCAAGCGAGCGAGGUGCGGGAGGCGGAGAGGCUCCUCCGCGCGAUCGCCGACCGCUACGACGACUGCUUCCUGCGCCUGCGCGACGCCACGGCCGAGGUCGCUGACCUCCGCCUCGAGCGCCUCCGCCUCAGAGCGGAGAACACGCACCUGUCUCUCCUCCUCGAGGAGCUCGAGGCCGAUCAGGGGAAGCGGGCGAUCGCGCCGGCUCCGACACCACCGCCGAAGCCGACGGAGGAGGUAGCAGCACGCGGGGGCGCGCCGAAGAGCAUCUCCAUCCGUUCCAAGUGCUACCUCUCGCAGGCGAAGCAGCCGCGGGGCGAGGCAGAGGCGCAGCGCCUCCGUGUUCGUCCGCCUCCUGCGAUCGAGCAGGCAGGGGAGGACGAGGCGAAUGGGGAUGGAGAAGUGGUGGAGCUGGAGGCGUACAGGCAGGGCACCCAGAAGACGGAGCUGUGCAACAAGUGGGAGGGCGGCGCCUGCUCCUACGGCGGCCGGUGCCGGUUCGCGCACGGCCUGCAGGAGAUGCGCCCCGUCAUCCGCCACCCGCGCUACAAGACCCUCCCCUGCCAGAUGUUCUCUGCCGCCUCUGGCUGCCCCUACGGCCACCGCUGCCACUUCCGUCACUCGCCAGCGCCCACCGCCCAGUCCUACUAG